CCCUGUAUGUAUCCAAACAUCUAGUUUACCAAGUGUUUCCAGUGAACCGAUACCCAACAUCGAUCAGCUUUACUCUCCGAAAUUUCCGCUGGAAAUAGUAAGGGAAUUCGUAAUGGAGGCAUUAAAGGAAGCGGUUGAAGUAAAUCAGGUGCACAAUCGAGAUCCUAUUGGGUGGACUAACGAAAACUUAUUUCUUCCUCUUAUUAAGCUUACAGAUCGUUUACUAUUAGUUGGUGUACUAACAGAUGAAGAUGUACAGAAAUUACUGAUAAUGAUUGAUCCGGAAACAUGGGAUAAUACGUUCGAAAAAG